AUAGAGGCGGGGCUGGCUGAGUGACGGGUCGCUACAGCCUAUGAGACAGUGGGCGGGGCUGGUGGCUGAUCCCAUGCUCUAUACGGUGACCCGGAGACAGUGCCCCUUCCCUUCCUGUACACAGAGCUCCGCCCCCGGUCUCCUCCAGGGUUGCACAGUAGUAAAGAAGACAUCUGGUGAGUGUGAGACACCCAGCAGCCAUAGCCGUGUGUCACGUGGACUGAGCAGGACCCAGAGCCCCAUCACUGUGCCUCCACCUCACUCACUGAUACAUGAGGGGCACAGUGACCAGAAGAUCCUGGAACUCACCAACAAGAUCAUUCAGCUGCUGACUGGAGAGGAGGAGGAGUAUAUAGAGGAACACAGGGGUCUGUACAAGGAUGUGAUGAUGGAGAAUCACCGGCCCCUCACAUCACUGGAUGGGCCCAGUAACAGAGAUACCCCAGAGAGAUGUCCCCGUCCUCUGUAUUCCCAGGAUUGUACAGAGGAGAAUCACAGGACCCCACAGGAGGAUCAGGUAGAACGUCUGUCUGAUAUUAAAACAGAUGAUAUAGAGGGAGAAGAGGAGACGUAUGUGAGGGGUGAUCAGCAGUGUAAGGAGGAGGAGAUCCCUACAGAUAUCAGCACAGAUGGACACACAAGCAGGAAUAUCUCAGAAGGACAUCUAAUGUUAUCCCCGGAUUGUGACAUAAAAGAUAAUGACAGUAGACCGGAUUCUCCAGGAGAUAACCCCAUUACCCCAAUUAUACAUCCAGCUCUAUCAGCUGAUCCUGGGGAAUGUUCUCCUGAUCACUCUGAUAUUGGUGCAUCUGUUACAGCUCUGAGAGUAGAUACAGAGUUUCCCUGUUCUAUAGAUGCCAAAUAUUUUACACAGAACACAAAGCCUGUUAACCCACACACAGGUAAGGCAGGUGAAAGGCCACUGAUAUGCUCAAAGUGUGGGAAAUAUUUUACGUGCAAAUCAGAUCUUGUUAUACAUCAGAGAAGUCACACAGGUGAGAAGCCAUUUUCUUGCUCUGAGUGCAGGAAAUGUUUUACACAAAAAUCACAACUUGUUACACAUCAGCAAAGUCACACAGGUGAGAAGCCAUUUCCAUGUUCUGAGUGUGGGAACUGUUUUACACGGAAAUCACAUCUUGUUAUACAUCACAGAAGUCACACAGGUGAGAUGCCAUUUCCAUGUUCUGAGUGUGGGAAAUGUUUUGCACAGAAAUCAGAUCUUGUUCUACAUCACAGAAGUCACACAGGUGAGAAGCCAUUUUCUUGCUCUGAGUGCGAGAAAAGUUUUACCUGUAAAUCGCACCUUGUUAUACAUCAGAGAAGUCACACAGGUGAAAAGCCAUUUCCAUGUUCUGAGUGUGGGAAAUGUUUUGCACACAAAUUACAUCUUGUUAGACAUCACAGAAGCCACACAGGUGAGAAACCAUUUUCUUGCUCAGAGUGUGGGAAAUGUUUUACACAAAAAUCACAUCUUGCUGCACAUCAGAGAAGUCACACAGGUGAGAAAUUAUUUUCUUGCUGUGAGUGCGGGAAAAGUUUUACCUGGAAAUCCCACCUUCUUAUACAUCAGAGAAGUCACACAGGUGAGAAACCAUUUUCUUGCUCGGAGUGUGGGAAAUGUUUUACACAGAAAUCACAUCUUGUUACACAUCAGCAAAGUCACACAGGUGAGAAGUCAUUUCCAUGUUCUGAGUGUGGGAAAUGUUUUGCACAGAAAUCACAUCUUGUUACACAUCAGCAAAGUCACACAGGUGAGAAACCAUUUUCUUGCUCCGAGUGCGGAAAAUGUUUUACACAAAAAUUACAUCUUGUUAGACAUCAGCGAACUCACACAGGUGAAAAGCCAUUUCCAUGUUCUGAGUGUGGGAAAUGUUUUGCACAGAAAUCAGAUCUUGUUCUACAUCACAGAAGUCACACAGGUGAGAAGCCAUUUCCAUGUUCUGAGUGUGGGAAAUGUUUUGCACAGAAAUCAGAUCUUGUUCUACAUCACAGAAGUCACACAGGUGAGAAGCCAUUUCCAUGUUCUGAAUGUGGGAAAGGUUUUGCACAGAAAUCAGAUCUUGUUAUACAUCACAGAAGUCACACAGGUAAGAAGCCAUUUUCUUGCUCUGAGUGCGGGAAAUGUUUUACAAAAAAAUCACAUCUUGUUACACAUCAGAGAAGUCAAACAGGUGAGAAGCUAUUUUCUUGCUCUGCGAGAAAAGUUUUACCUGUAAAUCGCACCUUGUUAUACAUCAGAGAAGUCACACAGGUGAAAAGCCAUUUCCAUGUUCUGAGUGUGGGAAAUGUUUUGCACACAAAUUACAUCUUGUUAAACAUCACAGAAGCCACACAGGUGAGAAACCAUUUUCUUGCUCGGAGUGUGGGAAAUGUUUUACACAAAAAUCACAUCUUGCUGCACAUCGGAGAAGUCACACAGGUGAGAAGCUAUUUUCUUGCUGUGAGUGCGGGAAAAGUUUUACCUGGAAAUCCCACCUUAUACAUCAGAGAAGUCACACAGGUGAGAAACCAUUUUCUUGCUCGGAGUGUGGGAAAUGUUUUACACAGAAAUCACAUCUUGUUACACAUCAGCAAAGUCACACAGGUGAGAAGUCAUUUCCAUGUUCUGAGUGUGGGAAAUGUUUUGCACAGAAAUCACAUCUUGUUACACAUCAGCAAAGUCACACAGGUGAGAAGGCAUUUCCUUGUUUUGACUGUGGGAAAUGUUUUGCACAGAAAUCACAUCUUGUUGCACAUCAGCAAAGUCACACAGGUGAGAAGCCAUUUCCAUGUUCUGAGUGUGGGAAAUGUUUUGCACAGAAAUCACAUCUUGUUACACAUCAGCAAAGUCACACAUGUGAGAAGCCAUUUCCAUGUUCUGAGUGUGGGAAAUAUUUUGCACAGAAAUCGCAUCUUGUUAGACAUCAGCAAAGUCACACAGGUGAGAAACCAUUUUCUUGCUCCGAGAGCGGAAAAUGUUUUACACAAAAAUUACAUCUUGUUAGACAUCAGCGAACUCACACAGGUGAGAGGCCAUUUCUAUACUCUGAGAAAUAAAUCAGCUCUUGUUAUACAUCAGAUAAGUCACACAGGUGAGAAAGCAUUUCCAUGUUCUGAGUGUGGGAAAUGUUUUGCACGGAAAUCAGAUCUUGUUAUACAUCAGGGAACCCACACACGUGAGAAGCUAUUUUCUUGCUGUGAGUGCGGGAAAAGUUUUACCUGGAAAUCCCACCUUCUUAUACAUCAGAGAAGUCACACAGGUGAGAAGCCAUUUUCUUGCUCGGAGUGUGGGAAAUGUUUUACACCGAAAUCACAUCUUGUUACACAUCAGCAAAGUCACACAGGUGAGAAGUCAUUUCCAUGUUCUGAGUGUGGGAAAUGUUUUGCACAGAAAUCAUAUCUUGUUACACAUCAGCAAAGUCACACAGGUGAGAAGCUGUUUUCUUGCUCUGAGUGUGGGAAAUGUUUUACACAAAAAUCACAUCUUGUCAGACAUCAGAGAAGUCACACAGGUGAGAAGCCAUUUUCAUGCCGUGAAAUAAAUCUGCUCUUGUUGAACAUAUUCGACAUUACCCAAGUACAGAACCAUUUAAAUCUUCUGGAGUAUAAUUAUCACUGUCAUGCAAUGUUCCUCAAGGGUCAAUCCUAUCUCCUAUGCUUUAUAAAAUAUACAUGCUACCACUGGGUGAUAUAAUCAGACAUCAUGGCCUGGUCUACCACUGCUAUGCUGAUGACCUGCUUUUUGCUCCAUGGUGGUCAUUCUGAGUUGUUCGCUCGUUGCCGAUUUUCGCUAUAUUGCGAUUUUCCGCUUACUGCGCAUGCGCAAUGUCCGCAGUGCGACUGCGCAAAGUAAAUUUGCUAUGAAGUUAGGUAUUUUACUCACGGCAUUACGAGGUUUUUUCUUCGUUCUGGUGAUCGUAAUGUGAUUGACAGGAAGUGGGUGUUUCUGGGCGGAAACUAGCCGUUUUAUGGGUGUUUGUGAAAAAAAGCUACCAUUUCUGGGAAAAACGCGGGAGUGGCUGGAGAAACGGGGGAGUGUCUGGGCGAACGCUGGGUGUGUUUGUGACGUCAAACCAGGAACGAAACUGACAGAAAUGAUUGCAAUGGCAGAGUAAGUCUCGAGCUACUCAGAAACUGCUAAGAAAUGUGUACUCGCUAUUUUGCUAUGCUAACAUACACUCCCACAGGGCGGCGGCUUAGCGUGUGCAAUGCAGCUAAAAGCAACUUGCAAGCGAACAACUCGGGAUGAGGGCCCAUGUACUGAGAACCUAAUACCAAUCCUAAAUGGUUGUCUAGCUGAGCGCCAGGGGUGGAUGAUACCAGUUGGCUGUGACUCAGUCUUUGUGAAACAUAAUAGAAGCUCCCCAACAAAGGACAAGACUACAGCUUUACCAACCAUCUGGAUUUAUGCUUUGGUGUUCAGAAUUGCAAAAUACUGAUCAUGUGCUGAAUCUUUGUGUUGUCCUGGUAUGUGGCUGACACAGACAUCAGGUAUCCGCCACAUACAAAUCCUCAUUCUUCCAUCUGAAAAUCCUCAUUCUUCCAUCUGUGGACCAUAGCCAGAAUCAAACACUUGAUUCCCUCAGAAGUUCAUAGACUACUGCAAUGCCAUCUACCUGGGUCACCCAGCAAAAGAAUUACAGAGCUUGCAGCUAGUACAGAAUGCAGCAGCCAGGCUGUUACCUAACCAGCCCGUUCCUGCCACAUAACACCCAUUCUCUACUCCCUUCACCGGCUGCCUGUAAGAUGACAAAUCUAUUUCAUAAUUGGCUAAAUGACCUUCCCAGCCCAACAUUACAUGGUCCAAGGUACUAGAAGCAGCUUCUACCUCCUUACUGCCCUGCUUGCUUGCUUCUACAGAUGAAGGACUGUUACCAGCAGUACCAAGAAUCUCCUGUCAUUCAUUUAUGGGUUGAACUUUUAGUUUUGCAGCCCUGACCAUGGAACUCACUGCCUUGCACAGUCCAAGAGGCCUCCACUCUAGAGACCUUCACAAGCAGACUGAUGACUGUUACUCACGCUUUUCAUUAAUGUACCUCUAUUUACUUCCUAAAUAAUACAUCCCAAAUGCUUAGGUCUUUUUUCUGCUGUUUAUUUUGUAUCUUGUGCUUUGUGUAAAUGUGAAUGUCUAAUACCAGUUUCCACAAUCUGUAUUGCUGCACGACAGUAUGGCGGCCAUUGGAACGUGUUUUCACUUCUAGUUUGCCUAACUUGUUGCAGACACUCAUCUUGAUAAGGAGUGCUGAGUGUUUUCUGAUACAAGAUCCUGUCCAUAUAUACCCUGUACAUUACCAUGUGCAUUAGAGUCACCCGGGUUCCAUCUGCGGUGGUUUGUUGUAUGUUACAUCUAUAUGGUGCGGAUACUCCCCUGUAUGAUUUCAUAAUAAAAGCUUUUGUUUGCAUCUAA